AUGGCGUCCCCACCCGCCUCACACCCUUUCAUGCGCCAGCGCAUCGGCUCGACCCCCUCUCCAUCCGGGAGCACGCCCGACGCGCCAACCUUUGCCUCGCUCGGUCCAACGCCAAACACGACGCGUACUACCUCUCGUGCCGGCGCGGCUACCCCCGGCUCGGAUGUGCGUUCAGAACGUUCGGCUACGUCGCCCCUUCCCCCUCCGCGUCCGGGAACUAUUACGCGCUCCCCACGCCUUGGGGACAGCGAUCCAACGCUAGAGCCUGAGAUGAAUGGCAAGGCGGAAGCUAAGCGCCGGUCUUGGGGUGACGCACUUACUGUCGAGGCCGAGGCCGAGGCCGCGGCGCCACGCAAGCUCAGUCGAUGGGAGGAGAAGGUGCAGGGUGAUUUGGCGGGGUGGCGGGGCGGACAUGGAACACCACGCUCGUCGGUCCCUCAACCUGGCCAGCCCAACUCGACGUACUACGGCCAGCCGCCGACAGGCAUCAUAGGCCGCGACCUGCCCAAGGAGAUUGUGCGCGUGGACCGCGAGUGGAGCCUCGGCGACAUCUGCCAGUUCUCCACUGCGUUCCCGCUCGAGCUGGAGACACGACUCGAUGCGGCAACAUACAUGAAGUUUAUCGAGAGCAUCAACGUCCCAUUGCGCGAGGCGUACUCUGUGUCGGGCGCAGUAAUCGACAACCUGCUCGGCGUAUUGACGUGGUGGACAUCGCUGUUGUGGCACACUAGCCACUUUGAAUCGGAAUUGCGCCGCGCCGAGGACCUCAUCGAGGAAGCAAACGAGAAGACGUUCCACCGCGUCGGCCUCAACAUCCUUUCGCCCCGUUCCGUGGCGCUGCAGUAUCUUGAGAUCGAGUACUACUGA